AUGAGCAUCAAAUUUGACAUCAACAUUCAUGUCACACUGGCGGAAAACAACAUUAGGGCAUUGCAGUCUAUUGUAAGCGUCAGGGUCAGAGGAAACAUUAACGAAAUCGAUAUUGUCAGCACAGAUGACAAAACUGUCAUCCAACACGUUGCCCGAAAGACCAUGCGGCCAGCGAUGGAAUCAACGUUAAAUAACCUGGUCGUAAAACAGAGCCGACGCAAACCAGAAGCAGAAGCGAUCCAUGCGUGGGAUGGAAGCUUCACCUACCGGCAGAUUGAAUAUCUUUCGAGAGCUUUGGCGCAAAACCUUAUGAAACAGGGCCGGUUCAGAGACGUCUCCUACGUGAUUUUCUGUAUUGAGAAGUCUCGAUGGGCCAUCAUAGCUAUGUUAGCUAUCCUUCGAUCAGGCUAUGCAUAUGUACCACUAGACCCUCUCCAUCCACACGAUAGGUUGCAGAAUAUUGUAUCGCAGACGAACGCUAAGUGGAUUCUCGUCUCAGUACAAACAAAAGAAAGGUACCAACGUCUGGGGACCGACCUCUACUGUAUUGAUACAAUCUCGCUGGAGACUCAUAACAAUGAUGCUUAUGUUAUGUUUACUUCGGGAAGUAUUGGCCAACCCAAUGGAGUUGUUGUUCAACACGGCGCCAGCUGCACCUCCAUCGAACAGCAAGUGAAGUGUAUGAGGUUGAAGCCAGACUCAAGGGUUCUACAGUACACUUCCUUUGUGUUCGAUAUCUCACUUUGUGAGAUAUUCUCAGGGCACAGAGUUGGAGCCUGCAUUUGGGUCCCAUCAGACACAGACCGUAUUGAACAACUACGCAAGUUGAUGAAUGAAUUCAGAAUAUCAUGGGCUCAGUUGACACCAUCAAUCUCUUCAAUGAUUCUUCCUGCUCAGGUUCAGACCCUGAAUACUAUCGUUGUGGCCGGUGAAGCGGUUGUUGCGGAGGUGAUUCGAACGUGGGGGUCAGCUACGGAUCUUGUUAUCGGAUAUGGCCCAACUAAAACUACCGUAUACUGCACCGUUCACUAUCCAAAGACUGAAGAUAAAGCUUCUGUUACCGGAACUGUUGUAACCUUCUUAUGCUACGUAGUGGAAUCGGCUAAUUCUGAUAAACUGGUUCCUAUCGGAGGCGUUGGCGAGCUUUUGAUAAGCUGCCCACUUCUGUCACGGGGAUAUCUUGGGGCUUCAGAUCAUACAUCUACCUUUUUUAUCAUAGGUCCAUCCUGGUCUGACGACAAAAUGAGAAGGUUUUUCUGUACGGAAGAUCUUUUAAGGUUUCUGCCAGAUGGAAAUCUUUCAUUUCUUGGCCGCAAAGAUAAUCAAGUCAAGUUGAGAGAUUAUCGGAUAGAGCUGAGCAAAAUUGAAGCGGCUAUACCUCAUCUUUCAGCUGUUCUAUUACCGCGACGAGGCUUACUUAGGGACAAAAUUGUGGCUCUAAUCCCAAUUUCGCGAAGGAUUUCCACGGUUGAACUCAAAGACAACCACUGA